GAUGUGAAUUAAAAGUUCUAGAAAUACACUCUUAACAACCCAAUGAGUAGCGGUGGCGGCACCCUAGAUACGCUGGGAGGGAGGCUUGUAAGUCUCGUCUACCCAAAACGUAGGGCAGUGGUUGCUGUAAGAAAAUUGGAAAGAGGAAGGCCGUCCCGUCCGCAAGUACGAGUUCAACCGGAUCGUGAGAGAGCUCCGCAAACUCAACCUCCGAGGACUGGUUCUCAUAGCUCCAUUCGUUCACUCAAUUGCCUUUCUUUUGCAAAUAGUGUAGUUAAUUCCUUCUUCAUUCUAGAAUUUCUGUUUUUGGUUCAAUUGUUUAUUGAGAACGGACAGUUGAAGUUGAUUGCGCUUGUAAUCGUUGUAGCGGAGGUUUUAGGAAGAGGGGUUUAUCAGUUUCAAGUCUACCGAUUGUGAAUUUGUGUGCUUUCAGCCUUUGAGGAAGUGGCUUUACUUCCCUUGGAACUGUACUCGCCUUUCUUUUCCUUUUUUCUGCAAUGCAGUCCAGGGUUAAUAAUUUUAUGAAAAAGUU